AUGGUUCAUGAGCCCCCGAUGUGUUCCUGCGGUGGUGGUAGGAUGUAUCGUUUUAUGGCUAAAACAGAAAGAAAUUAUGGUAAGUAUUUCUAUUGUUGUCUUGAAGGAAAGCAACACCCAGGGAGUUUUGUUUGGAAUAACCAUACAACUUGCUCACGGGAAAGUGAAUCCACUACGAAUAGUAGUAUCCAUGCGACUCGUGGGUCCAACUACUCCAGCACGUCAUAUGUGGAAAGAAACACUAUUAUGGACAGAUCGUCACUCCUUCUAGUUGCAUGCCCAUUUGUGUUUGUGGAUGAACAUUUCCAAUUUAUACAAGAAGGGUUUUCAAACAAAUGGCGUACUGCAGCUGAAGAAAAAUUUUGUACCAUCCUUCUUCAUUUCAUCCAGUCUGAAGGGAUGAAUAGCGAGGCUGGCUUAGACAUGGCAUUUGAGAAAAUCUACCAUACUUGUUUGGCUGAUAUCGAUGCGAAUUUGACUUUUAAAGAAUGCUACGUCACGUUCAUGGUGUUGAAAGACAGGUAUCAAUGUGUAAAUGGUGUUUUCGACAUACACGCAAAAACCGUCUAUCUGGACGAGGACGAUCGGGAGGAAGCAUAUGAGUUUUGGCCAUUAGCACACCAUUACUGCAACAAUCCUGAGCCUCUUUGGGAAAACUUGAAAAUAAUUUCGAACCCUACGGCUUUACUCAUAUCCUGGCGAAGACCUAGCGAGAGCUCAGCAAAUUAUGGUAAGUAUUUCUAUCGUUGUCCUGAAGGAAAGCAACACCAGGGAGUUUUGUUUGGGGAUAACCAUACAACUUGCUCACGGGAAAGUGGUCAAACUUUCAGUAAUGCAGAAUCCACUGCGAAUAGUAGUCGCCAUACAUCUCGUGGGUCCAACUACUCCAGCACGUCACAUGUGGAAAGAAACAAUAUUAUGGACAGAUCGUCACUCCUUCUAGUUGCAUUCCCAUUUUGUACACAAAGGAUGAACAUUUCCAAUAUAUACGAGAAGGGUUUUUCAAACAAAUGGCGUACUGCAGCUAAAGAAAAAUUUUGUACCAUCCUUCUUUAUUUCAUCCAGUCUGAAGGGAUGAAUAGCGAGGCUAACGUAGACAUGGCAUUCGAGAAAAUCUACCAUACUUGUUUGGCAGAAAUCGAUCCAAAUUUGACUUGUAAAGAAUGCUACGUCACGUUCAUGUUUUGGCCAUUAGCACACCAUUACUGUAACAAUCCUGAGCCUCUUUGGGAAACCUUGAAAAUAAUUUCGAACCCCUACGGCUUUACUCAUAUCCUGGCGAAGACCUCGCGAUAG